AUGGGCCUGAGCUUCUCCGUGUUGUCUUCUCUUUUAUUGGCUGUGAACUCACACCGAUCUGAUUCGCUGCUUUUGAGAAAAGGCGGAGCCGUAAAAACGAAAACAAUCCGAACCGAGCCCCGGAAUGGACGGAGGCCGGGACGGUGGCCGCGGCUUCGCCUGUAUGUGCGGAGCCAAAAUGUCUGCCCUGCAGGUCAGUGGCAGGUUGCGUUUGUUUGGCUGGCUCAGCCCCCCGGUGGGCGGGGCCACUACGGGUUUGAGUCACAUGAUCCGCGCAGAGCCAGGCUGACCAAUUCCAAUAUGGUGGCCAGCUUGGCAGGUCUACGGUUCCUGUUGAUGAUAUUGUUGUUCUGCGGGAUCAGGUACGGCGCCUGCAGCCAGGAAGCUCCGCUGGUUCUGGGGCUGCGACUGGAAGACCCGGCGGGUCUGGUGUGCAUGAAGGAUCGGAUUAUCUCGGCGCCAGAAGGAGCCACGUUCAAGCUCCGUCUCUUCGGGGCUGAUCUGAAUGGAAGCUGGCCGUGGGUGGCGUUCGCAGGGGCAGCUGGCGGAGCGGCCGGGGCGGUCGGGGAUGCGCCUGACCCGUGCGAGCAGGACUCCAGCCGCCGGGAUUCCGCUUUCCAGGUGACGGGGGGGUUCGUCAAAGACGAGGACAACGGCGGGCUGAUAACGGUGGAGGUCAAGCAGAGGAGCGACUCCGAUGGGGCAGCUGACGGCGAGCAGAACUACCACCACCUGUGCGUGCUGAGCGGAGGGAAAUGGGCAUCUGUGGGCCCGGACAGACUGCGGAUAGACCCCGACAAGGGUCAGCCCGCAGACUACAUCCCGCCGUGGGGUCUGGCCGUGCUGAUCGUGCUGCUGCUGGUGGUCUGCGGGGUGCUGAGGACAGUGAACCUGAGCCUGCUGUGGCUGGACCCUGUGGAGCUUUACGUCCUUCACAGCUGCGGAUCCGAGGAGGAGAAACGAGCCGCCAAGCGCCUGGAGCCGAUCCGGAGGAGGGGAAACUUCCUGACGUGCUCUCUGCUGUUCCUGUGUGCUGUGGGACACUCGGUCCUGGGGGUGCUCCUGUACCGGGCGCUGGGCUCCAUCCUCUCCGCGGUCUUCACCAGCGGCUUCCUCAUCUUCUUCCUGGCUGAGCUGGCUCCUCACAUCGUGUGCUCCGGUUAUGGCUUCCAGCUGGCGCCGGCUCUCACCUGGCUGGCCCAGGUUUGUUUGCUGCUCACCUUCCCCCUGUCCUGCCCUCUGGGCCUGAUCCUAGACCUGGGACUGAGGAGGGACAUCAGCACCUGUGGGAUAAGGGAGAGGGCCAUGGAGAUGAUUCGCACGAGCGUCAAUGAUCCUUACAGUGAGUUUGUGAAGGAGGAGUUCAGCCGCGGGACGCUGCGCAUUAAGACGGUGGAGGACAUCCUCACUCCUCUGAAGGACUGCUUCAUGCUGCCCAGCUCGGCCGUCCUGGACUUCUCCACCAUGUCUGAGAUCAUGCAGAGCGGAUACACGAGGGUUCCCAUUUACGAGGAGGAGAGGUCCAACAUCGUGGAAAUCCUGUACGUGAAGGAUCUGGCUCUGGUGGACCCAGAUGACUGCACCCCCAUGACGACUAUCACCAAGUUCUACAAUCACCCGCUGCACUUUGUCUUCAACGACACCAAACUGGACGCCAUGCUGGAGGAGUUCAAGAAAGGCAACUCUCACAUGGCCAUUGUCCAGAAGGUCAACAACGAGGGGGAGGGAGAUCCUUUCUACGAGGUGCUGGGAUUGGUCACCUUAGAGGACGUCAUCGAGGAGAUCAUCAAGUCCGAGAUCCUGGAUGAAUCUGACGGCUACUUGGACAGGAAAGUGAAGCGUCCCCUCCCUCAGCUGGAGAUUCCUCUGGAGCCGCGCAGCGUCCAUGAGGAGUUUUCUCUUUUCAAGCCUCCUGAAGGAGAACCCAAGAUCCGCACCUCGCCACAGCUGCUGCUGGCUACACACCGCUUCCUGUCCAGAGAAGUGGAGCACUUCAGCCCCGGACGUGUGUCCGAGAAGGUCCUGUUCCACCUGCUCCGUCACCCCAGUGUCAACCAGGAAGUGCACUUUGACCCCAACAACCGUCUGAGCCCGGGCCACUAUCUCUACACUCGCAACCACCCGGUGGACUACUUCAUCCUGCUGCUGCAGGGCCGCGUGGAGGUGGAGAUCGGGAAAGAGGGGCUGAAGUUUGAAAAUGGGGCGUUCACGUACUACGGUGUUUCUGCUUUAACGCUGCCAUCUUCAGUGCACCAGUCUCCAGUGUCGACCCAGCGUCACUCUCCCAGGGAUCCCUUUGAGCCAGCAGACGCCACCAGCCCGUCCAGCUACUGUCCUGACUACACCGUCCGAGCUCUCACUGACCUGCAGCUCAUACGGGUGACACGUCUGCAGUAUUUGAACGCUCUCAUGGCGUCACGCGUCGGCCAGAGCCCAGAUCCUCCUGAGAUUAAGAUCCUGCCCAACAGUCAGACCAAGCUGCUCAACAACAGAAACACCACACAAGGUAGCAGUAAAGCCCAGGAAAGCUCCACAGAAGAAGAGGCUCCUCGGUAGUGCAGCUCUGUCUGCCCGCUGUAAACAAACAAACAAACAAACAGCUUAAAAAAAAAACACCUGCUCCAAUCUUGCAGAGAUUUUUUGUUUUGUUUUUUGUUUCUAUCGAUAAAUCAUCUGUGGCUGGAACGUAGUUUUUGGACAUGACUGGAGUGAGAGUGAUUUGAUUUGUCUGUUAUGUAGAUCCACUACUCACACUCCUCAUCUCUGUCGCCAUUCCUUUACACGUUUCCAUGGCAACAGUUGUUUGAUGUUGUUUUAUAUUUCUCUGUGUAUAUACACACAUUUUAUUUUAAGUUGGCGGUGCCUUUCUUCCAGGUUUAGCCUUUCAUGCUAAACUCUGCGUUGCCAUUCCUCACGUUUGUCUGUCUGGGUGCCAAAGCUACAUGUGUGUAUGUGUGUGUGUGUGUUGUCUGUGUAUGUAUGUGUGUGUGUGUGUACUGAAGCAGCCGUCCGUUUUAAGACACUACAAACACUCAAGCUGGUUAAAAGCAGAUUUGCACAUUAAACGUGUGCACUGUUGAUCGUAGGUACGUCCGGGUUUUACUCCCUCAGACGUGGACGUGUGUGAAACGCAUCAUUUCAGGUUUGACCUUUGAACCGAUGACGGUUUAUACUGUAAAUAUUCAGAUUAGAAACAGUGAGGGGUAGAAAACGUCACAGUGGCCUCCACACUGAAAAACUCCCUCUAACAAAGACUGAGAGGUUUGGUUGGUUUUAUUUUUGAUGUUUAACAGAAGUUUAAAACGGCCAAAAAAACGAAGCUCAGUGGUUUUAAUUAAAGUGGAAACAAAAAGUCCAUCGUUGUCAUUAUCCAUUAAUUCAGCUGAGUCAUACUUCUUCUUAGUUUGGAGCAUUUGCUGGUUCCAGCUUCUCAGAUGUGAGAGUUUGCUGCUUUUUGUGUCACGUAUGACUUUAAACAAAAAACACGAAGAGGAAUAAACGGAGAAAAUAAGCAGCAGAUUGUUCAGUAAUGAGGAAUAAGAUACGUCUGGUCCUGAAACACACUCAGUGCCUGUUAGCAGGAGACGUUCAGUGUUGGUUUUGGUCUUUAAAUAUGAUUUAUUGACAGAAUAUCAUGAGACUGAAUCUUUGUAUUGACCAGAGGCAACUUUAAGCCACAUAGUUUGUUUUCAUCAUUAAAUCCUAUUAAUGUAAUUGUUAAUAAUUUACCUAUUAACCUAUUUCUUAUUAAAAACAUGCAUUCCUUGACAACGACACUCACAGUUUAUCAUCAUCUAAAAUACACAACCUGAAGAAAAAAAAGCAGGAAAAGUCCAAUUAAAAUUAAAGUUAAAGUAAAUGGGGAAAAACACAGGUGAGAUCCAGAUUUGAAGCAGGUGAGUCGGCUGUAAUAUCAAGCGUUCCCUCUGUGAUCACACAGUGAGAAGCAGCUUGUUAACACAGUUUUAACCAGACUUCAGUUUGUGUCUAAGUAAGUAUGAGAUUACUCAGAGCAUCGUUCAGGAAUCAGAAGGUAUUUAAUUUGGUCCAGCAGGGGGCGCUGUGAGUCUGCUGCCUGCACUGAUCUCACUGUGUCAUUUACAGUCAGGUGAACAGUAAACUGGUGAGUGUGCUCAGAUCCGUCUGCACAAACAUCGAUUCCAUCUUUAACCUUAAAGCACCUUGUUUGUUACCCUGUGUUAACAUUCCAGUACGUUCACAUCUGUGUGUGUGUGUGUGUGUGUGUGAGUCUAACAUACAAUAUUUCACUAGUGCAUCUCAGCCAGCAAGCAUCCGGCCAUCACCUUAACUCCAUUUCCCAUACUGCUUCUGUGCUUAAACAUGUGUUGUACAGGAGUUAAACAUGGAGGCGUGUGGAGCCAUUUAACUAAAUCAGUACUCACAGGUCACGUCUUCAGAGCUGUAAUCUCUCUCUCUGCGACGCAGCUCCUUUGACUCCACUGUAAAAAAAACAAAAAGAAAAAACAUGAGGCCUGUGUUUAAGGCAGAAAUCGUUGAAAUAACGGUCGUCACUUUCAGAAAGUGUUUCCUUAGUCAACAGCCAGUGAGUAAAGUUAGCAACUACUUUGAUAUUAAAGAUAUCGUUUAAGACACUUUACAAGCAAAAAUGCCAAAAAUGUUCUGGUUCUGGUCGAAGACUUCGAGGUUUGGGACAAAACCAGACACAGACAUCAGCAGACACCAUCUUCAUCAUCAUCAUCAUCAUCUUCAAGCUGACGAUUAAAACGAUUAAUCGGGGAAACUGUCAGCAGAUGAAGUAAAAAUGAAAACAGCGGUCAGUUGCAGACUUUUCGCUCGUAGUUGUUCAAACCAAAAGUGACACAAAUAGUUGUGUAAAGAAUCUUAAAGCACAAAACAAAUUGUCCUCAGGGCAAUAAAAUCAAGAUCAAUCAACCAAAACAUUAAAAAAUAAAAUAACAGCUGAAACUGAGCAACGAAACAAGAAGAAACAAAUAUAAGAGAAAAUUAUUUAAGUGGUAAAACAAAGCGAUAAAAGUAAAAAUGUAAAUACAUGAGACAAAUACCAGGACGUAUCCCUCCGCCGCGGCUCAGCUCAGCUCAGCAAGGAAACAGACAAUUUCCCACUGGAACGGGAACUAUUUCAUUUGAAGCCUCGUACUUUCACUAAGAAUGAGUUCCUCGUUUUUUACAGUGCAGUCACAGCCCCAGCUGAUGUGAACAGAGUCUGACAUGUGAGCGUCGUGUUAAACGUUUCAGUAGCAGCAGAGUUGUUUAGGACUGAGCUCUGCACCAGCUGUUACAUUACCACCCUCUCUGUCUCUUUCUGUGGUGAUUCCAUGUGUGCGUGUGUGUGUGUGUGUGUGUGUCAUUCAUUCAUUCAGUGUUAUCACUCGAGCGUUUUGCCAUAUUCCAAGAGGAUUUUUUUUUGACUGUGUGAUUCUGAGUAAAUAUUUUUCAGCAGUUCUGUUUUGUUUUGUUGUAAUAAAUCUGUUUCUAUGGUAUCAAAAGACUGAAUGUAAAAAAAAAAAGAUAAUCAAUCAAUACUUUGUGCUACUUAAACUGAUUGAGAGAAAUGUUUUGGGUGAGGAGGGGUGGGGGUGGGGGGGGGGGGAAGCUGUGUAUUAAUAUAUGACUGCUUAGAUAGAGUAUAAUUCCAGGAUGUAGUUUAUAGGCAAAGCAAGUCUCAGUUUUCAGGUACAACCACACUGUUACCAUAAGAGUUAUUGAGAGCUAAACGAUUAAGUCAGUUCCUCUUUCUGUCCAGUUACAUUUGUAGAGAAUUUUCUCUCUUUCUUUCUUUGUUGGGGAAUGCUGCCAGUUUGGGUGAAUUAAGACUCCACUGCAUUUAACACUUUAAAUAAGUUUCUUAGGAAAUAAACUCAAUCCUG